UCUUUUACAAUCCGGUUAAACAACUUUACCUAUUUGAUGUGUUUUGCACUUUUGCUGGGCACACAAGGGUUAGGGUUCCAAACCCGAAACGCACUUGCAAAUUUUCUCAUCUGCGCCUCCUUCACGCGUUGCUAUCGUCCACAGCUUUCUUUUAACUCCAAUGACGAAGAAGAGUUUUAAAGCGACACCAAGCCAGUUGCAAGAGAAUACUGUUACAGAAGAGGAGAAACCCUCUUCUACACCCAAAAAAGCAGGCAAUGAAAUUGAUGAAAUAUUUGCUGGAAAAAAGAGGAAGAAGUCUGAAAUGGAAAAGACUGGAAAACCUGGUGAAGUAACUAAGAAGACUUAUAAAACAAAGAAGAAAAAGAAGAAUGUGAAGAGGAAAACUGAUGGGGCAGAUGAUGGUGAGUUUGCUGACCCACCUUCUCGACCAAGAAAGAAAACAGAGGAUGGAUUUUCCGUCUACACUGAAGAGGAGUUAGGUAUUAAUAAUACAGAUGCUGGAAAUACUCCUCUCUGCCCAUUUGAUUGCUCUUGUUGCUUUUAAUGCUAACUGUAUACUGCUAUGUGCACUCAACUUGUACCAGUGAUUGGCAGUGUUUUGUUUGUCACUUACAGUCCUGGACUUGUAAGCUAGGGGCAUGGCUUUUUCUUUUAUAUUUAUAGUUGGGCCAAAAAUGGCUUAAGUUAUCAUGUGCUAAACUUUUUAGAUCUAGAUAUGAUUCAUUAGGUGAUUUCAGUGGAAUUUUUGCAGCAGUUAUUCCUCCCCUGUAACACAAUUGUUUAUGCAUAAAACUGGUGCCAGUAGGUUUGAGAAAUUUGUUAUAAAAGGGGGAGUGUACUGGCUGUAGAAAUUUGUCUGUUAUAUAUUUUUUAAAUCUUGGUAUUUUUCAUGUUUAACCAGACCCAACUGAUUUAAUUUA